GAACUGUCAACAACGACAAACGUGAAAGAUGUCUGGUUGGAAAUUACUGGUGAUCGGCUGCCUGCUGUUGCAAUUGGCUCUGGCCAGUGCUCAGCCGCCAAUAACGCCUCGCACCUGCGGCAUCAACGAGACCUAUUUGCCGUGCGGCCCCAGCUGCCAGACGGAGUGUGCCACAUUGGGGCAGCCGUGUCUGAUAAAUCACAUUCGAUGUCCCGAUGGUUGCUACUGCAACAAAAACUACGCCCGCAACGCGAGUGGCACUUGCAUUCCCCAGGCGCAGUGCAAAAAACGUGUCAAAUAAUAAUAAUUAAAGCUCAAUUCUGAUUUUCAACA